AUGAAGACUGUCAUCCUGUUCACUGGCGCCUUGGCUUUGGCCUCGGCGGCUUUUGUCGAUUUAUCAAAAGUUAAACGCAUUAAAGACUUGGACCAGUUUUGGGAACAGUUGGAUCCGUCAAUGGGAAUUCAUCGUGGAACAAUGACGGCUCCGGAUAGCAGAAUAGUGAACGGCGAGGAGGCCCAACCCGGACAGUUUCCAUAUCUGGCGCUGGUAGUCACUUUCUUCGAGAAUGGUAAUGGUGCAUUGUGUGGUGGUUCGCUACUGACGCAAAACUUCGUAAUGACAGCUGCCCACUGUGUUGUCAGUGGAUCACCGCCUAGCCAUGGAACCAUCACUCUUGGAGCUCACAAUCGACAGGUCGAUGAGGAAUCCCAACAGAGAAUCGCUCAUGGCAUCAUCAACGUUCAUCCAAAUUACACAUCAUCGGGAUUGCGGAAUGAUAUCGCCACCAUCCAACUGUCAACUCCGGCAGUGUUCAACGAUUUCGUUCAACCCGUCGAUCUUCCGGCAAUUUCGGAUGAUCGCACAUUCGCAGGUAUAACGGGAAUCAUCUCCGGAUUCGGUCACUCCUCCCAAGAAUCCGGUUCGGGUCCAUCGGACGUGGUCAUGUUCACUAGUAACCCGAUUACAACCAAUGCUGAUUGUGGAGUUGACGAUCAGAAUAUCUGUUUGUCCGGAGAGGGCGGUCGGUCGAUAUGCCUCCGCUACAGACAGGCCGAGUUGCAGCUUAAUCUGAAGACGAGUUGCUGUCCCACCGCCCCGAAGCCAGUGCCGUCCCGCCCGUCGUCGUCCACUGAGAUCAUCAAGUCGACCAACGUUCAUCACGGCCGCAACGGAGUGUCGAGAAGAAGUUACCAGACAAUAAACUUGCGCAAGUAG